GCCCUGAGUCUUCCACACGCACACAACACAACACAACCCACAUACAAAGAGGGUCGACUGUGAUAAAAAUCGUCACACUGCAGAAGCAGGAGGAGAGAGAAACUCAGAAAAAAUGGGGUUAGGCUCAUUGACAUCUCGAGCAAUGAUUCGACGAGCAUCAACAAUCCUCAAUACCACCAGAUCGCACAAUUUCUCCCUCGUCAGGUCGAUUGUCUCAACCCCUGAGCUUAAAAACACCGCCUCCGCCGCCGCAGAAGCCACCCCAGAUCCUCCUCUACCACCGCCUCGUCCUCCCGUCAACAACGCUAGGGUUCAUUUCCCUAACCCUGAGGACGCCAUUGAAGUCUUUGUCGAUGGAUACUCCGUCAAAGUCCCUAAGGGAUUUACCGUUCUUCAGGCUUGUGAGGUUGCCGGUGUCGACAUUCCUAGAUUCUGUUAUCAUAGUCGUCUCUCUAUUGCCGGGAAUUGCCGUAUGUGCUUGGUUGAAGUUGAGAAAUCUCCCAAGCCUGUCGCUUCGUGCGCCAUGCCUGCUCUUCCUGGGAUGAAGAUUAAAACAGAUACACCAAUAGCCAAGAAGGCCAGGGAGGGAGUAAUGGAGUUUUUGCUUAUGAAUCAUCCUCUAGAUUGUCCAAUUUGUGAUCAGGGUGGAGAGUGUGAUCUCCAAGAUCAGAGUAUGGCUUUUGGUUCCGAUAGGGGUCGCUUCACUGAAAUGAAAAGAUCUGUGGUUGAUAAGAAUUUGGGCCCCCUUGUCAAAACUGUGAUGACUCGGUGUAUCCAGUGCACAAGAUGUGUGAGGUUUGCAAGUGAGGUAGCAGGAGUUGAGGAUCUUGGCAUAUUAGGCCGUGGUAGUGGUGAAGAAAUUGGGACAUAUGUUGAACAGCUUAUGACAAGUGAGCUGUCUGGCAACGUAAUUGAUAUCUGCCCUGUUGGUGCCCUAACUUCAAAACCUUUUGCAUUUAAGGCCCGAAAUUGGGAGCUGAAGGGAACCGAGAGUAUUGAUGUCACUGAUGCAGUUGGGUCGAACAUACGGAUUGAUAGUAGAGGACCAGAGGUGAUGCGUAUCACUCCACGACUCAAUGAGGACGUAAAUGAAGAAUGGAUUUCAGAUAAAACACGAUUCUGCUAUGAUGGUCUAAAGAGGCAAAGGUUAAAUGAUCCCAUGAUCCGUGGGUCUGACGGCCGUUUCAAAGCUGUCAGCUGGCGUGAUGCCCUUGACGUUAUUGCUGAGGUUAUGCACAAGGUAAAACCAGAAGAAAUUGUUGGCGUUGCCGGUAAAUUGUCUGAUGCGGAGUCCAUGAUGGCGUUGAAGGAUUUCUUGAACAAGAUGGGAUCAAAUAAUAUCUGGUGUGAAGGAAAUGGUGGGCAACCACAAGCUGAUCUGCGUUCAGGCUAUCUUCUGAACACCGGCAUUGCUGAUCUUGAGACUGCAGAUGUCUUUCUUCUCAUUGGCACCCAGCCAAGAGUUGAAGCUGCCAUGGUAAAUGCCAGAAUCCGGAAAGCCGUACGGUCAAACCAUGCAAAGGUUGGUUAUAUUGGACCUGCUACAGACCUCAACUAUGACUAUGAACAUCUCGGCACAGGUCCACAAACCCUGCAAGAAAUUGCAGAAGGCACUCACUCAUUUUUCUCAGCCAUAAAAAAUGCUAAAAACCCAGCUAUUGUUGUUGGUGCUGGGCUCUUUGAGAGAGAGGACAAAGAUGCUAUCCUCUCAAUUGUUGAAACCAUUGCAAAAUCAGCAAAUGUCAUUAGACCAGAUUGGAAUGGUCUUAAUGUAUUGCUCUUGAAUGCUGCCCAAGCUGCUUCCCUAGAUCUUGGUCUUGUACCAGAAUCUGACAAAAGUAUCGAAUCUGCAAAGUUUCUGUAUUUAAUGGGUGCAGAUGAUGUGAACAUGGACAAAGUCCCUAGCGAUGCGUUCGUAGUAUAUCAAGGUCACCAUGGUGAUCAAGGUGUAUAUCGUGCCAAUGUCAUUUUGCCUGCAUCAGCUUUCUCUGAAAAAGAAGGUACGUAUGCUAAUACAGAAGGACGCGCACAGCAAACUGUACCAGCAGUUCCUACUGUUGGUGAUGCCAGAGAUGACUGGAAAAUAAUUAGGGCUUUGUCUGAAACUGCUGGAGUUAAUCUUCCUUAUGAUUCCCUUAUUGAUGUCCGAGAACGGAUUAGGACUGUUGCACCGAAUUUGCUGAGCAUGGAUGAACGAGAACCAGCUACUUUCUCAACCUUGAUAAAGCCUGAAAUUAAGAAGGAAAUCAACCCAGUUCCUUUCAAACCAUCAAUUGAAAACUUCUAUAUGACUGAUUCAAUUACUCGAGCAUCAAAGAUUAUGGCUCAGUGCUCUUCCCAGCUGUUGAAGAAGUGAAUUUACUUCUAAUCUUUGCAAUAAAUUUGGCAGGGUUGAUUUUCUUUUAAGCCCUGGGAUUUGGCAUUUCAGCAUUAUUGCAUAUUUUGAGAUUAUUUAAGCUGGAUUGCCGCGAUGAAAUUUGUCUUAAUUGACAAACAUUUUGGUAUUUAGUUUGUAAUUUCUGUAAUUUACCAUAGUAUGCAGGCUGUUGUCAGCUGUUAACAAUUCAAUAUUAUCUGUUGUAUUUCUUCA